GAUGCAAGUUUAUAUAGCUGUGGCAUUCGCUUACGGAGUGUGGGCACUCAAUAUGACAGAGGAGAGGAGGACUUGCCCACUAGGAUAUUUCCCCUGUGGGAACCUGACCUUUUGUCUCCCUCAGCUCAUGCACUGCAACGGUAUCGAUGACUGUGGAAAUCAAGCAGAUGAGGAGAACUGUGGAGAUAAUAAUGGAUGGCCCCAUCUUUUUGACAAGUAUUUUGGAAUGCCGAGUCAUAACGCCAGGACCAAGUCCAAUGUAUGCUUGCUUGGUGUGGUUCCUGAGCUCUGCCUGUGCCGGGACCUGGAGCUCGACUGUGACGGGGCUCAUCUUCAAGAUAUCCCAGUGGUAGCAAUGAAUGUCACUAUGAUGUCCCUACAAAGGAAUGGGCUUCAGAAACUUAGAGCGAACAUAUUCUUUAAGUACCAGAGCCUGCAGAAACUGGACCUGGAAGGAAAUCUCAUUGAAGUGAUUGGCAAUGCCUCAUUCAGCUCAUGCACCAUGCUGACAGUUCUGGUUCUGCAGCGAAAUAGGAUCAGCUACGUACAUGAACAGGCUUUCUCAGUCCUGCAAAAGCUUGGAGAAUUGAGCAUAGAAGGAAUAGAAAUUGGAAACAUUCAGCGAAGGAUGUUUGAACCUCUCAAAUACUUGACUCAUAUCUACUUCAAGAAAUUCCAGUACUGUGGCUAUGCUCCUCAUGUGCGUAGUUGUAAGCCCAACACUGAUGGAAUCUCAUCCUUUGAGAAUCUACUGGCCAAUAUUGUGCUGAGGGUCUUCGUCUGGGUUGUGUCUGCUACCACCUGCUUCGGCAAUAUCUUCGUCAUCUGUAUGCGGUCGUACAUUCGCUCAGAGAACAAACUACAUGCCAUGUGCAUCAUCUCCCUCUGCUGUGCAGAUGGGUUGAUGGGCAUCUACCUCUUCAUGAUCGGUGCAUAUGACCUAAAGUUUCGAGGCGAGUACAACCGGCACGCCCAGGCGUGGAUGGAUAGCAGCCAGUGUCAGGUCAUUGGCUCUUUGGCCAUGCUGUCCACUGAAGUAUCUGUCCUGCUCCUCACAUAUCUAACGCUGGAGAAAUACAUCUGCAUAGUCUACCCUUUCCAGUACUUGACUCCUGGCUGGCGACGAACUGUCACCAUCCUUCUUGGGAUAUGGGUGUUUGGUUUUAUUAUUGCCUUCCUCCCAUUAGUUUGCAAGGGGCUGUUUCGCAACUUUUACGGGACCAAUGGUGUCUGCUUUCCACUGCACUCUGAACAACCAGAGACUCUAUGGGCUCACGUUUACUCCGUCGUUAUUUUCCUGGGUCUUAACCUGGUGGCAUUCCUCAUCAUUGUCCUCUCCUAUGCAAGUAUGUUUUAUAACAUCCAGAGAACAGGCACUCAGACCACUAAAUAUAGCAACCACAUCAAAAAGGAGGUGACCAUUGCCAAAAGAUUCUUCUCUAUCGUCAUUACUGACUCCCUCUGCUGGAUCCCCAUUUUCAUCCUCAAGAUCCUCUCGCUGCUGCAGGUGGAGAUUCCCGGUACCAUCAGCUCCUGGGUAGUCAUAUUUAUUCUCCCCAUCAACAGCGCACUUAACCCCAUCCUUUACACACUAACAACACGGCCUUUCAAAGAGACUAUUGUGCAGGUGUGGGCUAACUACAGGCAGAGGAAGCCCCUCCUAAGCAGACAACCAGCUCAUCAUCCAUCGCUCACUUGGCAGGAAAUGUGGCCCCUGCAGGAAAACAGCCCUAGUGUCAGCGUGGGGCAGGAAUUUGAAGCAAAUGGCAUAAAGCCCAAGCUCACGCCUGUGGAAAAUACUAAUGAGGGGUACAAUGACAUUAAAGCAUCAACCAGAAAGCAGGAAACACAACAUACAGUGCUGUCAGUAUGUUCUAAGACUGAAACACCACCACAUACACACAUUCACACAGACACACAAACAAAUUAACUUAUGUAACUGUCUAAUGGUAGAGGUACAUGUACAUGUUUGUAUUGUCAACAAAACCUCACCUCAGUCAACUCAGUUUCAUUCAGGUUCAUUCAUCUCAGCAGUUCAUAUUUACCCUCAGUUUAGUCACUUGUUAGUGCCUACAUUCUUUGCAUUUUAUUUGCAGUAAUUUUUUUUGUCUUUUUUUCCCCAAAAUGUAACAGUGCAUGUGUGCAUGACC